GUCAUGGUCCAUGGUCGUCGCGAGUCCAAGACUGUACUAGUGUCACGGUUCGCAUUAGCUAGGCUGGCAUCACCCCCGGUGCACGUGCACAUGUAAUUUGUAAACACCAUGGCUGCUUUCCAGGAGCUUCCACUUCUCGCACAACACUACCUACCUAGCUGCCCCGACUCUUUUGCGAAGCGAAUGCAGAUCAUGUACCCAUCCUUCAGCACCAAAGCGCACGUUCUGCAUUCUUCAACAGGGUAGGCGGUUGCAUGAGCAUUGAGGCCCUCCUCCGGAAGAGCGAGCUGUGGGGGCUAUCAGUCAGGUUGCCUGUCAGAGAGAAUCCAGGAAGGCCCAGUGCUGCUCUCAGGAGCUUGCCAGCUUCUAGUGCAUCUACUUGGCUAACUUACUUUUGCGAAGGUGUUUGAGAAACGUGUUGGGGAGUGGCUUCAGCAAGCAACGAGUGAGCUCAGCGUUGUUGUGCUGAGGAGAGGAGUUGUGCGAGCUUGAGCACUAUGGGGCACUCAUCCAGAGGGUGGGGGGCAGCUCUGCUGGGGUUGCUGGCAGUGGUGCAGAUUGUAAGUAUAAGCGCGCAGACCCUGAGCACAGGCAGUCUGUCUGUCUCCUGGGACGUGGUCAAGUCUAGCAUAAAAGAGUACACAGUGGUCGUGAGGUUAAGGAACAACCAGCUGAUUAACCCGGUUCCUGCGCCGGGGUGGGCACUGAGCUGGACGUGGCAGCAGAAUGAGAUGGUGGAGACUGUGGAUGGGGCACAAGUGUUGAACCUCGCAGAUUGCAGCGGCACAUCUGCAGCGGAUGACUUCCCGGACAAGGUGUGGUACGCAGUCACGUGCGCAGCGCGCCCCAUUUUUGUGAGCACAUACAAUCAGGGGUACCUGCCGGCAGCGUCGGUUGACAACGUCAACAACACGGCGCAAUUCACAAUUGUGUUGGGCAAGGGCUCUGACUACUGGGGCGUGGGUAACUUGACUCUUCCCUCCGACUUUGACAUCGGCCUCCCCGGGUAUCAGUGCACGCUGCCCGCCCCGGUGGCAGCCGGCCGCAGCGUGCCUGUGUCCAUUGGGGGCAGGCAGUAUUACACUGCCAUCAGGUCGUACGACUUCACGUGCUUUCUCUCACCGCAGUUUGUGGCCAAGCCCACCUGCUGUGUCUCCUUCUCAGGUUUUUUCAACAACACCGUUGCAACAUGCCCCGCCUGUGCCUGCGGCUGCAAUGCCACUCUUGGCUCCAAUGCCACUCUUGGCUCCAAUGCAACCGCGUGUGCCUCCCGCCAGUCGGGGCCCAACGCUGCCACGCAGCUGCUGUUCGGCCCUGCCGUUCCUACCACGUCCUCACAGCAAAUCAGCUCCAAGCAAACCCUGGAUACUGCCCCGCGGCCGUGCAGCAGCGGGUGCAUGACGGACAUCCACUUUGCGGUGAGCCAGGAGUUUGGCGGGGGGUGGCAGGUGCAGGUGGCGAUUGCCAACACGCGCGCCACGCCCAUCGCGGACUGGCUGCUCGCCAUGGACCUGCCGCUCGCCAAUUACCUGGAGGCCGUAUACACCGUGCAGCACGACGCCGCGCGUCAGCUGCCCAACUUCGCCAUCUUCUCGGGCCAGCCGUACUACAAUGACGUCAUCCCGUCCGCACCCGGCAACGUGCAGUGGAUCAUGAAUUUCAACAAGACGGCCGUGGCCCCCGCGACGGGUCCCAAGAUCAAGAUCAUCGACCAGAACGCUUUCCCGACGGCCGUCUACUUCAUGGGCCAGCAGUGCGCGCUUCCACCGUUUGACGCCAUCCCGAGCAACAUGUUGGGGCAGACCUCAGGAGCGGCCAGCGGGCGCCGGAUAAGCGCCGCACUGGUGAUCGCGGCCUUGGUAGCGCUUUCGACAGUGCUGUUGUAAUAUGGAGCUGACGUCACGACGCUAACCACUACCACCUCAGCCGAAAAGGGGUUUGGGCAGGGACUCGGCGAUACUACUGACACAGUGCAACCCUUUUCCGGUGCACAGGCGGGACUAAGUUAGGAUGUAUCCGGUGGAGGAGCUUCGCUUACCACGUGCCUUGCUGUUUCUGUAUACCGUUGCGUGUCGCCCACAACGUGAGAAGGUAUGGUGGGCGGCUGGGGAGGAGUGAAUCAGAGUCUAUCAAAGUAUUCUUUGUAGUUAGUAGCAUAUAGGAAAGGUUGUCGGGUUGAUGCUUGAUCCAUUCUCAGGACCACGCCACUCGCAGAACGUUCUGACCAUCGACAUAGAGGUACGGUAGCACAUGGAGACGUGGGGCUUGUGAUCAAGCAGGUAACUGAACAUGCGAGGACACGUAGUAGGCUAUAGAUGGAUGAUGCAUGUAAAUUAUACUUUUGAAUCUGAUGUUUGGUGUCCAAAGCAGGGUGCAUGGGCCAUCGCUUGAGGAUCAGGACUUCAUUCGAUUAGAGAUCGUACCUAUAAUUGCGAGCUCUUCUCCAUGCAUGCUAGCACAUGUACGGC